GUAGUACGUUGCUUUCUGUCUCUGAAAGAGUUAUGGAGGCUGCCAAUGUGGAUAAUUUGCGCGUCCUUUAUCAGAGCACAGACUUUAUUGUACUGGACAAGCAUUGGGAUAUCCGCAUCGACAGUAAGCAGUGGUAUGAGACUUGCACGGUGCAGAAGCAACUGAAGCACAAAUUUCCUGAGCUUGCCGACCCCAGCACUUACUACGGAUUCAGGUUCUGCCAUCAGCUAGACUAUUCUACCAGUGGAGCUCUCUGUGUUGCCCUUAACCGGAAUGCAGCAGGAAAAGCUUAUCGGUGCUUCAAGGAACGCCUGGCCACAAAAGCUUACCUGGCACUGGUACGCGGCCAUCUCUCGAGAAUCAGCAUGACCAUUGAUUAUGGAGUUGGCAAAAACAGCACUGAGGGAAUGACCCACAUGAUGUGUGCAGAAGGAACACCUGGUUGUACAAAUGUGAAGCCAUGCAAAACAGAGCUUUUUGUGCUACAGUAUGGAACAUAUGAUGGUCAGCCGGUGACAAAGGUUCUUUUGCAGCCUUUGACAGGUAGGACUCACCAGCUCAGAGUACAUUGCAGUGUAAUUGGACACCCUAUUGUUGGUGACUUCACCUACAGCCUGAAAACUGACUGCUCACCAUACCGUAUGAUGCUGCAUGCCUACUUCUUACGUAUCCCAGUGGAGGAUGAGCCAAUUGAAGUCAUUUCCUGUGAUCCCUUUGUGACCUCUGUAGAUGAAAAGUGGGUCCCUCAGCAGACCGUGCAGGAGGUGCACAUUGUUUUCUUGAAGCUGAAGGAGCAGGGACUACAGAGGGAGUUGUCACUUCAGAGGGUUCAAGAUGCAGCAUGUGGCAAACAUAAAGAGACUGGCCAUGAGGUUAUUCCUGAGACUGAGGAGCAGAGCUUAUUGUAUACUCAGUGGCUUGCUAAUUGGAGUCUGGACUGAGUCACCCGCAAAGCAGAACUGUAAAGGGCAGAACCUUUUUCACAGGUAUGAGUUAUCUUGGCCUUACUUCUGUCUAGGAACUAAAGCCUCAUCAGUCUGCAGUACUACCUGUUAUUACAGCAUUCAUGAUCAAAUGGAUUCCAGCUUCCUGGUUUUACAACGUGCUUCUGCCAUGUAGGAAUAUUAUCUGCAAAACCCACUGAAAGAUUAUAAUUUGCAUUUCCUUUGCCAGAUUUAUCUUCUCCAUACUGCAGCCAUUAGAUGUAGAUGACUGUGUUUUUUGCUUGCUUAUACAGUAGGCAUCUGACUUUUAAUUUAAAAAAUAUAUAUUUUAGCAUUGUUUAAUAAAUAAACAUCAGAAAUGACAAGCAAA